CUAACUAUAACUAGAAUUUGAGCGUGAUAGCUUAAACCCUUGUCUAGACUUCUACUCGGGUUGUCGGGCGAUGGCGAAGAAGCUCGGGAAGAAGGCCAGGAAGUUCGCAAAGAAGAAUCUUCAAUCCGUGCAUCGAAGACAGCGGAAGAACAAAGUUCUUUUCAAGAAAAGAUCAUCUUCCAAAGAGGAGCAGAAUAGUGCCGAAAACAAAGUCGGUACCAGAGAACGCUCUAAUGGAAGAAGCACCCAUGAUGAUGUUUUUGAAGACACUCCUCUUGAUGCAGCAUUCAUUGAAGAUGAGAUUGACAUCGCUGAAGAUGCCUCGGACAGUGAUGGAUAUCUUUCUGAGGAAAAUACUGGUGAAUAUGCUACAGAGAGUGAGCCUGGAAAUGCUUUAGAAGAUAACAAUGAUGCUAGCUCCUUAUCAAUGGAAAACAGAAAAAUUCUUGAAGACCUUACUGUAAAAAAGAAGAAAUUGGAAAGGCUGAAAAAGAAGAAUCCAGAUUUCUGCAAAUUCUUAGAAAGGUACAAGGAUGUUGAAAUGCAUCAGAACGGAGGAACGGACUCUGAUGAAGAUGAGAUGAAUAAUAAUGUGACUGACUCUGUAGAUGAAGACAAUCUUGGUGAAGGAAACAGAAAAAUUUUAAAUGAUGCUGUUAUUGGCUCUUGGCGUCAACUUGUCAAAGACGAUUGCAGGGAAUCUGCAGUAGUUAGUAUAUUAAAUGCCUAUCGGACAGCAUGCCACUAUGGAGCUGAGUCUGUCCCCCAUCACUUUCAGAGCAGUGAUGCAUUUUGCAAUUUAAUAUUGUUCGUUCUUUCUGAGGCAGAUAAUUUAAUCCGAGGGCUUUUACAAAUAUCAUCCUCCAAUUCUGAGAAAGAAGUUAUUAGGGAACUGAAUAAUACUUCAAAAUUGAAGAAAGCAAAACCUCUUAUCAAAUCUUAUUUAAGAAGUACAUUAUUUCUGCUGAAUCAGGUCACUGAUUCAGAGAUUUUGGCUUUUGCUUUGACCCGAUUGAGAGCUUCUCUAGUGUUCUUUACUGCGUUCCCAUCUCUUCUGAACAGGCUAAUUAAGACAACAGUCCAUCUGUGGGCAACAGGAGGAGGAGUUCUGUCAUCAGCUUCAUUUGUAAUCAUACGGGAUGCAGCUGCAACAUUCACAUCCGAUUGCUUUGAGAACUGCCUAGCUAAAACAUUUGUUGCUUAUCUUGCUCAGUCGAGGGUUUCUGAAGUUGUCAAUGUCAAACAUAUGCAGUUCCUGAGAAAUUCCUUAGUUGAUUUGUUCUCAGUAGAUGUUGAAAGAUGUUCUAAGAAGGCUGUUCUAUCUGUCUCUCAACUAGCCAAAGUAUUGCAGUGGGGCUUGCAUACUAAGAAAAGGGAAGCUGUUAAAAAGAUCUGCAGUUGGGAAUACACUAACUGUGUUGAUCUCUGGGUUGCAUUUAUAUCAGCCAACAUACGAAAUUAUGAUCUUGAACCUUUGUUUUUCACUAUGGUUCAGCUUAUAAAUGGAGUUGCUUGUAUGUUUGCCGGACCAAGAUAUUUUCCUUUGAGACUCAAGUGCAUUCAGUGGCUUAACAGUCUCUCUAUUUCUAGUGGAACUUUUGUCCCUGUUGCCUCGUUUGUGUUGGAUGUUUUGGAAUAUAAAAUAGUCAAAGAGGGUGGAAAACCUGGAAAUGCUGUUAACUUCAAUUCUGUUUUGAAGUUACCAAAGCAUUGCUUGAAGUCACGAACCUUCCAAGAGGAAUGCGUUUUCUCAGCAAUUGAACAACUAUCAGCACAUUUUGCUCAGUGGAGCUACCACAUUUCCUUUCCCGACUUAGCAACUAUCCCAAUCAUUCGUCUAAAGAAAUUCUGUGAGAUGACUAGUGCCGACAGUUCAAAGCGAGUCAUUAAUCGCUUGAUUGACCAGGUUGAGCAAAAUGUGGGGCUUGUUCAAAAGAAGAGAGAUGAGGUGGCUUUUUCACCUAAUGAUCAUCAAUCCGUUGAAUUAUUUCUUCAGCUUGAGAAGUCAAGUUUGAAAGCUCCAUUCACUCAAUACUACAAAAGUGUUCAUGAUAAUGCUGCUCUAAGGACUUUGCGGAAGAAUGAAAAGAUGAGCAGCUUGCCAACACCAAAGAAACCAAAGCGGAAAAGAGGGCAGCUCCGUGAUGGCGUAGAUGCUGAUAAAGAAAGACACAACCCCAAAAAUGAUGAUGCUAUGGUUAACUUAAAGGGGAAGAAACAAAGAACUGUCAAAGCAUAAUUGUAACAUCAUUCUUCUUCACUACAAAAUUUUGGGCUUUUAAUUCUUAGCUUUGGAUUGUAAGUGAUGAUUAGUCAAGGAAAGGGGCACUGUGCCCUACAUGCUCUAACUACCUCAGACUUUAUAUUUCCCAGUUCAUAGUAGAAGGAUAUGAUCAAGACAAACAAUUGGUUACUCAAUUUUUGGCAACAUUUAUGAUACGAAAAAAUUUCAUUUUCUUUUCA